AUGGAGAACUGCGGCACGCUCAAGACCCAGAGCCACGUCGUUGUCCUCAGAGUGGUAGCAGGCAGCGCAAAAGACGGGUGUUUCCCCAUGGACCCGCUGGCCUACACGGACUUGGAGCCGUCGCAAACAGCGCUCGAGCUGAGAAACGCGGCAUUGUCGCGGUACGGCGACACGCAGGACGACGUGCUCGGCGGCUCUUUCCAGACGCAAACCUUGUCGUCGCUGGACAAACCGUCCUCGUCGCCGGAGACCACCUGCUACUCUGCAGAGUCGAAAUAA